AUGGUCGAACGAAACCCUAAUGACUCAAUGAAGUCCACCUGGCGCCGUAUGGCCCGCUCAGAGUGGACGCCUUUCCACUGGUUCUUCGAAUUAAUCGACGUACACCCGGAGAACCUCGAACAAGAAGUCCCCAUCCACCUAAAAGAAGACGCAGUCCCCUAUGUCCCAGACUGGUCCAUGCACCGCUGGGUCAUCGUCCACUCCGUUAUUCCACUCCUGAUCCAGCAAGCCUACAUCUACUGGACAGGUCACAAUUUCGGUGCCAUAGCCGCAUUCAUCUUUUACGGCUUUGCAUUCAAAGCAAUCGCCAUCCACGAACUACACGUUCUCCGCCGUCUGGGCCACAUUCACGGCUUCCUGGAUGGUGACAAGCACGCCCGCGAUGGCGUCCCAGACAUCGGGGUUGCGAAAGUUGUUCGCUCUCUCCUCUCAACAUCUACCUUCCGGCCCAUGUUCACAGUCUUCUUCGCCUAUAGUACUAGUCAAACACCCGCCGACAUGAGUUUCCCAUGGCUAUUUGUUGAAGUAGGAUUAUACGGGAUUAUCCUCGACUUCUGGUUCUACUGGUAUCAUCGUGUUAUGCACGACUUCGAGCCCCUGUGGCAGUACCACAGAACACACCAUCUCACUAAACACCCGAACCCGCUCCUAACACUUUACGCUGAUCUGGAGCAGGAGUUCUUUGAUAUUGCUGGCAUCCCGUUGGCGACUUACUUCACUAUGAGGUUGAUGGGCAUGCCUAUGGGCUUCUAUGAGUGGUGGAUCUGCCAUCAGUAUGUCAUGUAUGCUGAGCUUGCGGGUCAUUCUGGUUUACGGGUUCAUGCUACUCCACCAUCGACAUUGAGUUGGUUGCUACGGUAUUUCAAGGCGGAGCUUGUCAUUGAGGAUCAUGACUUGCAUCACCGGAAGGGUUGGAAGAAGAGUUAUAACUAUGGGAAGCAGACUCGACUCUGGGAUCGCAUCUUCGGUACUUGCGCUGAUCGCAUUGAGUCUGUGGAUAAUAAUAUCGAUUAUGUGAAUCAGUCGCCCAUGCCACUGAUCUGA